UUACAGUUCUUUACAUUGACGAUGACGUCUGGGCAAAUGUGGAACCAUAUCAGAGGACCACCGUUCCUUCAUAGAUCGCCCAGUGGGAACGUGGCGUACAUACAUGCUUCUAGUCAAGGACAAUUUAUUUUGGAAACGUACAUAGUCAUGAUUUUAAACGGAGCAGUUGUUUUAGGUAUGAUUUUAAUGACUGAAGCCGCGUCGCGUAAAGGGGACGUAAAAAAGCGACGAAUAUUUGCAGCAAUAGGCGCUGGUCUAGUCGUAAUUUUCUUCAGCUUAUUAUUAUCGAUAUUCAGAAACAAGGCACAAGCCUAUCCAUACAGCAUGCUGUUCAAAUAGAAGGCCAAACACGAGGCACGUUUGUACAUAUUAAAAUUGCAGAUGAGCGAUUAAGGUCGAUUGGCAAUUAACAUUUCGUACUUGACUGAU